AUAUCUAUAUAAUUGAAAUUGAAUCAGUCUUAUAUAGUAAGUAUUCCACCACCUCCUUUCUAUACACAUCACUAGGUAGAAUAAAACACCAUAACAUCCAUUUGCUACAAUCUCCGCGAAAGGCGCGAGUAUCUUCCCUUUGAAAUAUCUUUAAAUCAGAGGCUGUGAACUUACCUUGGUUAUGUACAUUAUGAUGAUGAUACUGACAUGGAGGUCUUUGCGUGCGUUGGCAUGCACACGUAAAUUGACUAAAGGUCGGAGAUUGGCCAGAAAGGUGUUUGCCUCCCGCGCCAGCUACUUUACGGAAAAGAUGCUUUUCAUUUUGUCAGUCUCAUCCGGAGCCACAACACAUCUCUCACCUGUAUACCCGGGUCCACCCGCAUUCAAGCUAAAUGAACAGAUGAACCCACCGACAAUGGACGCACACGCCAGUCUUGCCCACACACGGGCUGCGGCUCCAGCAGCAAAACCGCCGGCCACCCGAAACAACAUAGUUUUUCUCCGCUCCGCCACCCGGCAGCUGGGCUGGGCCCAAGAGAGAGAAGAGCCGGGACUGCAUACACGCGUGGUCGCCCGUCCGGCCAGCACAACCACAGAAGGCCAAGCAAUAAGCUGAAAACAAAGCAAUAUGCUGAAAGCAGCGACCCGGCCGGAGAGCAGAUCCCAGGGCCAGGCCGCAAAGGCCCUUCUGUCCAGAAAUAAGAAAAAAAAGAAAACAAACGACAGGCCGCUUCUCCCGGGCCUGCCCCAGUAUU